ACUCACGUCUUUGCUAUUUGCCUUUGUUUCUGGGCUGUUUUAGCUGCCUUUUUCUUCCCUCUGGUUUUAAUUUUGAGAGGGAGGGGGGGAACCCAACCUCAUAAUGAAUCAAGAAUGAGUGUUCUUUCCACUAACCUUCCCCCACUUUAAAGUUGACUCUCUUCACAAGUUUCAUAACUACCCAAGGCGUGCGGGGGUGGCACAGGUAGGAAGGCAUCAACUAACUACUCCUGAAUCUGAAGUUGCCAGCCUUAACCGAGCCACGCGAGAGGAGACUUUCUGAAUCUCCCUCACAACCCGGGCGUUUGCCGCGGCGGAUGUAACGUGUGCAGCUCGUUCCUUUCUACUGCUGCUUUGCCUUGAUGUGGGUCACGCUUAAAUCCAUCCCAGCACUGCCAGCGAUGCCCGAAGCAGCGUGAAUUCCAAGAGAUCCACCAGCGGUUUUGUUUCUGUCCAAGGUCGCUCAUCCGAUCCUGCCCUGCGAAAGGCGCCAACAAAAGAGUCGAGGAGGUGCCACUCCGGCGGCUGCGGGAGGAGGAGCGCUGAGGCCCGUGUCGCUAUCGGCCGUGCGUACUCGCUGGAGGGAAGGGCGGGGAGCCGCUCCGGGAGGGGGACGCCCGGUGGCGCGGGGUAAACCAAGUUCCGGCUUUGGUGCCCCCCCCCCUCCCACGCUCCCUUUCCUCCCAGGCAAGGAAAGUUUGCAGGCAACGCUUGUGGCCGGCUUGCGCCCGCGGGGCCCAGCGGGUCGAGCCUUGGGAGCGGGCGCCGUCCCAGCUCCGGGGAGCCGUGAGUAGCGAUGCCUGGGGCGGGCUCCCGGGGCCCCGCCGCCGGGGACGGGCGGCUGCGGCUGGCACGGCUGGCACUGGUGCUGCUGGGUUGGGUCUCCGCGUCGGCGCCCAGCUCUUCGGUACCCUCGUCUUCCACCUCUCCGGUGGCCUUCCUGGCCUCGGGGUCUGUGCAGCCUCCGCCAGCCGAGCGAUGCCCCGCGGCGUGCGAGUGCUCCGAGGCGGCGCGCACGGUCAAGUGCGUUAACCGCAACCUGAUGGAGGUGCCGGCGGACCUGCCUCCCUACGUUCGCAACCUCUUCCUCACCGGCAACCAGAUGACCGUGCUCCCGGCUGGCGCUUUCGCCCGGCGGCCUCCGCUCGCCGACCUGGCGGCGCUCAACCUCAGCGGCAACCACCUGAAGGAGGUGUGUGCAGGUGCCUUCGAGCAUCUGCCCGGCCUGCGCCAGCUUGAUCUCAGCCACAACCCUCUCACCAACCUCAGCGCCUUCGCCUUUGCAGGCAGCAACUCCAGCGCCUUGGCCCCCAGUCCCCUGGUUGAGCUGAUCCUGAACCACAUCGUGCCCCCUGAGGAUCAGCGGCAGAACGGAAGCUUCGAGGGCAUGGUGGCCUUCGAGAGCAUGGUGGCCGCUGCCCUGCGCUCAGGUCUUGCGCUCCAAGGGCUGCGUCGCCUGGAGCUGGCCAGCAAUCACUUCCUUUACCUGCCUCGGGACUUAUUGUCCCAACUGCCGAGUCUCACGCACCUGGACCUUCGAAACAACUCUCUGGUGAGCCUGACCUAUGCGUCCUUCCGCAACCUGACACAUCUCGAAAGCCUCCACUUGGAGGACAAUGCCCUCAAGGUCCUUCACAAUUCCACCUUGGCUGAGUGGCAAGGCCUGGCUCGUGUCAGGGUGUUCCUGGACAAUAAUCCCUGGGUUUGUGACUGCUACAUGGCUGACAUGGUGGCCUGGCUUAAAGAGACAGAGGUGGUACCCGAUAAAGCCAAACUCACCUGUGCAUUCCCAGAAAAAAUGAGGAAUCGUGGCCUCUUGGACCUCAACACCUCCGACCUGGACUGUUACCCUCCCCUCCCCCCAUCCCUGCAGACGUCCUAUGUCUUCCUAGGUAUUGUUUUAGCUCUGAUAGGCGCUAUUUUCCUCCUCGUUUUGUAUUUGAACCGUAAAGGCAUAAAAAAGUGGAUGCAUAACAUCAGAGAUGCCUGCAGGGAUCACAUGGAAGGGUAUCAUUACAGAUAUGAAAUCAAUGCGGACCCCAGGUUAACAAAUCUCAGUUCCAAUUCGGAUGUCUGAGAAACUGGACUGGCCAAGGACAGCUCUGCAUGAGAUGUAGACUUCGGUUUGUUUGUCUGUUUUUGUUUUUUUCUCGUUUUCCCCUUUACUCGGCUUGCUCCACCUCCACCCUCCACCACCAGCACCAAUGACUGAUGUGAAAGCAGUGAAGGGAUUUUGCUUCCUUGUUAUGUAAAAUUCUUCGUGUGUUCCGUUAAUGUCAGAACGUGAACAACUGUGCAUACAAUGUUAAUUUACCCUUUUCCUUCCGGUACUCCUUCAUGCCUGCGGAGGAUUUUUUUUUUUUUUACAAAAGUUCCGGCAUGGACAUGGACUCUUCCUUAUUAACUCAGUUCAAGGUUUAGCAAAGAUAGCGUUCAACGGAAGCUGCCUCAAUUUUUUUGAGAAAAAUAACGUUAUUCAUAAAUAUGAGUUUCAUCCUCACCUACCUGUAUUAUGGAGAAAAUAAUUGCAUCCCCAAACUGCCUGCAGACCUUAGCAAGCUCUUACCUAGAACUUAGUGCACCAGAGCACCUGCAUCCAAGAGCAUGCUUACAUUUUACUGUUCUGCAUAUUAAAAAAUUGCAACUUCAGAUAACUUCUUUGACAAACUAAAUUACUUUUUGAUUGCAGUUUAUAGAAAACUGUUUUAAGGUUUUUUUUUUUUUUGUUUGUUUGUUUUUUAUAAACUGCAUUGAGAUCCAACAGACCGGAUUGUUUAAAAAAAAAAUCAAUAAAGAGUCUUAAAAGAAGCAUGGUGUGUUCAGGUUUGGUAUUUUGAAAGGAGGAUUAAAGGCAGUGGUAUUGAAUGGUCUUGGUUCAGAUGAUAAGUUAUUAGUUAGCAGACCUGAGAUCAAACUGGAGCGGUGUCUUAUAUAAAUAGAAAAGAUACUUCUGAAAUGGUGGAUUCUUUUAGGGCUUAAAUAGAAUUAAAAUAUUUAUAGCCAGACUACUAAAGGUCCCCAAGUUAAUGGUGUUCAUUGUUGUGAAGUUGGUAAUAGCAAAGAGUUCUUUAUGAUAAACGUCUCACAGCUGCCACUUUGUAUAGACUAAUGAAAUUAUUAAGACAGAAAUAGUAAAAUUGAAUGAAGUUGCUCCAUGGAAUUUUAGAGCCAAGUAUGAUUCAUGUAGCAAUAAAUGUUUGAAAACAAAGUAUCUUAAAAUAUGCUGGAAUAAAAUAUUUUUAAAGCACAAACAAUAUUUUCAGAGGUCAUAAAUUGGAAUUCAGAGUCCUGAGAAUAUUUUUUAAAUUUUCAAAAUGGAUCAAACAAAUGUAUUUUUUAAAAAUUACCAUUAUUGCAUUUAAGCUUAAAGAGAUAACCAGAGAUAAAUAUUUGUAUCUAGGAGCAAGUGUCAUAAGUAAUUAUUGUGUUUUUAUGUUCAGUAUUUAAGAAUUUGAGGGCUUUUUAAAAAAGGCUAAGCUCUGAGCUCUAUGUAAGUGUAUAUACCUCCACAAGGAAUAAAUCACAUAAGGAAUAAAUUAAAGCAAUUCUUCAUUAA